AGGAGGACCAUCCGCAUGGACCUUUCUUUUCGUAGUUGAACUCGUUCCCGAGAAAAACCCUACUAUCAAACACUGAAGGUCGUGAAGACGAGACCACGGACUUCAUUCUUUUAAAGACACAUCUACCCUGGUAGAGCCUUUUUUUUUCAUCUACCCUGGUACAGAAACCACCAUGACGAGGCAACCUCCCACUGGAACUACGGGCGUUUGUCUCUCCGCCGCGACCAGGGGAAAAACGACCACGCGGAAAACGACAGUGAGGAUGCGGCUGCCCUCCGUGAUGUCGGCCGUCACGCCCGCGUUGCUUGGCGGCGGCGGGAUAAGCCUUCUCCUCGGUGUGGAGGCUGUGGUGACGACGCGGGUGCAGCAGAAAACUGCGUCACAUGCUUCUGCUUACAUCUAUCCGUGUGACGGUGAGCAUGAAGUAGAGACCAAUUGCUUCACCAUCGGUGAAAAUUCUUAUUGCCUAAAAUGUGGGUGCAACCCGGGUUACGCGAGAAAACAUUGGCUCACGGGAGCAUGGGUCACCAAAGCUCUUUUGCGGUCCGAGCCUCUUACUAUUAAACCUUGUGAGGAGGUCUGCGACUUCACGUGUCCGACGGAUCCUGCGAAAAUAAACUGCGAGUCGAAUGCGGUCAAGGAUGCUCGUUUCGGUGAACCGCCGUCUGAGAAACCUGGGGUGUAUGUGUCCAGCGGGGUGGACCCGGCCGCGGCGGGGAAAUGUUUUCUGCCACUUGAAGGAGAUGCCGAUAAUCUAGCAGAAAUGGUGUUCGAUUUCACCGGCUUCCGCACCACCUACGAGGACGCAACGCAAGCCAGUAACCAUGUUAUGCCGUGCAAAUACAUAUGGCUGAGUCCUCUGAAGAAUAAAUGCGAGCUUGUGCUAAAGUCACUUCCCGUUGGCCGUACUGUGCACAGGUAGUAAAAGCGGCCCCGCUUUAUUUCUUGUCACGACACGCAGAUAUGGUCGGUCGCUUUCGCAUGGUGGUCGCUGAGCGUCGUCGCAAGAAAACAUCGACUGCUUCGGCAUGUAGUGCAGAUUUAUUUCUGAGCAAUGCAAAAAUGCAUGACAACGGGACCCAGCUCCAUAUUUGCACCGCAUAGCUUGGAACCAGAAGGAAAAGUGUGAGGAGUUUUGUGCUUCACAGGACGAGUGCCUCGGGUUCGUGCUGUGGAAGGGGGCAAAGAAGGCGGUAGAUGAAGCUUGGGAUAUAGGUGAUCUGACGGGGGCGGAUUCUGAUGGUAAGACAAAAUGGCGGUGUGUAUACUUCGACGGGUCAGAGGGUGUUGACGUGCUGGACGAGUUGGCAAUGGUUCCAGAGGGCACGCUAUGACCUGUAAAUCUGUCUGGGCCUGGGAGAAUGCAGAUUUUUGCAUACGGAUACAUAUUAGUGGGGACCUGCGAGUAGAAGGUCCGCGAUGCACGCGGAGCAUAACAAGAUCCGCGAAGGGGUCUUCCUUGUGCUUAGUCCGCAUAAAAAGAAAUGGCCCGUGCGGGUCGUGAGAAAAAGUGUGCGCUUUCAUUUCUGCUCACGAUGGUGCAAGACAGAUUUUAGUGUGCUCCGGACCCAGCAUCACAAGUUGCAAUGUUCCAGAGGACCCAGACAUGCUUGCAAUGCAUACACUCCGUAUCGAGGCAGAAUGGCAUACGGCGUCCAGAAGUGGUGCCCCUGUACGGAGUGCAAGGAUGGCCAGACGUUUGAUACCAACUCGCAGAAGUGUAAAUGCACCGGCGCCAACCAAGAGGUGAACGUUGCCGGAGACUGUGUGUGCAAGGACGGGUACAAGGAUGACGGCGGGAUUUGUGUCAUGGAUUGCGACCUGACGUGCCCCGUCGAAGUCAUGUGCAAGGACUAUGAUGCGAUUUACGGGUCCGACACGAAAAUUCAAGGGGGCAGGUUCGUGACGCACCCGGUUGCGGAGAAUGCUUGUGGUCCGCUGAACGAUAUGCAUUGCAAAUAUAUCUGGGUCGGGAAAAGGAUUGCAACAGCUGCCAUGCACAUUUUGCAUGACGCAUGCUCUCUGUGAUGUAUGCCCUAGCUGCACCGAGGAUUUUUUGAGUGCUUUUUGAUCCUCUUUCCGCGUAGCAAAAAGUGGACGCCUCUUGCUGCUCAUGCAAUACGGAUGUUUUUACAAUCCACAGGCAGCAUUUUUGCCUGGCCAGCGAAUGACCCCAGGGCAACCGGAUGGCUGUUGCCUGGUUAUCAGCGGCUUCGGCGAUCGAUCGUGCCCCUAUGGCCUUGUAUUCCGGGUACUCCGGAUCGCGCAACUAACCAACCAACAAGUUAGUUGGACUGCAAGUUCGAUCCUCCUGUUGGGAAUUGCUACAAGGUGUACAACUUUUCCAGACCCAGACCACAUAUUUGCAUUGCAUAAAGGAUAUUGCAGGCAAGACUCACAAACAGCUGUUCGCGGACAACGUUAUGACGUACGAAGCAGACGGCGGGAAAGGGGCACUGGCCCCGACUGCAGAGGAUUGCGAAACAGAGUGCGCUGGAAAUGCUGAGUGCGAAGGGUUUGUCACGUUCAAUACCAAACAAGACGGCGACAACGUCAACAAGUGGAAGUGCUAUUGCUUUGGUACCAAGGCUGGAACCCAUUAUCCUUAUCCAGACAGCAACAAUGUGACGGACACGGAGAACGACAGAAUUCGGCACCUCAGCAAGUGGUGCCCCUGCAAUACCUGUCCAAAUGGCAAGUUCUUCGACCCGACUGGUGCGCGGGGCAGUAAUUGCAAGGAGUGUCUUGCAGAUGCACAUGCACCCAAUUGGGACAGCAACAGUCACCAGUGCGUCGCGGAGUGCCCGAACGGUUACCCUGGUGCCGACUAUCCCUAGUGGAAAAACCUACCCAGUACCCUGUAUAGGUCAGACGGGAAAUAGAAAUAAUUACAGUCAUGAUUUGCUACAUCUAGAGGACAAAUAAUCCAGAAGUUCUUCUUCUUUUGGAACUUACGCAUGACAAGCAGAACUUGAACUUUGGACAUGCAAGGCAGUCCUGGCUAGCGUCCCUAGCCGCAUAGCCAACUCACUAGCAUAACGAAUUUCCAAACACGACUUCUUCUAAAGGGCUGCCAGGGGGAGUCGAGUGCUCUCUUUUUCUUUUGCUUCUCCGAGAAGCAAAAGAAAAUCCAAAGAGAAUUAACUGAAAUCCAUGCGCGAAAAGUUUCGAAAAAAAAAAGAUUGGCAGGACAAUUCUAGGUAGUUGGGUACGUUUUUCUACAGGAUACAGACAAAGUGUGCGUCGCGUGCGGCGACAGAAUGAAGCCCAACGAGGACGGGAAUGCCUGCGAAUGCGAAGACGGGUACGAGAUGCAAGGGGACACGUGUGAGGCUCCCGUUUGUGAUGACACCGUGACACUAAGUGACGGCGGUACUCCUGUUGCAGUUGAAAACGUACGGGCCUCCGACGGUAAGUGUGCGUGCUUAGGUGGCUACAAGAGAAACACCACCAGUGGCUGGACGGAGGUCAAAGAAAAACAAGAUGACCCCGACGCCCCGUACGUUCCGUGCCAGGCGGAGACCUGCGAACUCACCUGCCCGACGGCCCCGAGUGAGAUAAACUGCCAGGCGGCUGCAAUUACGGAAAUCGUUGAGACAAACGGCAAAGGUAUGUUCGUGAGAAGCCCCUUCGCCGGGCAUUCCCGUUGUGCGCCCAAGCUGGAGGCGAACGCCACGAACGUUCGCCCCACAAUCCUCGAUCUGACGCUGAACUGGAGCGAAUACGGGCAGGACCAAAAGCAAGCGACCAGCGGCAGCGGUCAGUUACCAGAGUGUGAGAAAACGUGCGCCAAAAAGCACGGCGACUCGUGCAAGGGUUUUCUGGUUUUCAAGAGCACAGAUGACGAAACCCUGGAUGGUGGUAAUAAGUGGAGGUGCCGGUUCUUCAACAACACCUAUCCGGAAGUGGAUAUUAAAAGGAAAAAAUCCCUCCUCCCUAUAUCAAAACAAAGUUUCUAAUGCUGGAUUUGCGUACACAAAUCAGAUCUUGCAAUUGCAGGCCUAUAUCGAGCCUGAGCCGAGAGGUUUUGGCCUAGGCGCUUAGCAUGACAGACGUUGACGCUGUACUAGGUCGAACAGCAUCACAGACCGCCUGCAUAAUGCGGCGGACAUUCUAAAUCUGCCCUCUUGCGAGACAGACGCCAUUUGUGGCCACAAAUCAGCGCCGCAAAUCUUCAACAGCAUGGCUGUUCAACAUGGGGAGGGGGGAUUUUUCCUGACGAUAGAUGAACUGGCUCCGUUAGACUUGCCCUCCGGAAGCGGAAGGAGCAACAUUAAGUACAUGAGCAAGUGGUGCCCCUGCACGACUUGCCCCGCGGACCGGCCGAACUGGAACCUGACUGAUCAGGACUGCACCGCUUGCCCGCAGGCCACGCCGCAUUGGCACGCCGCAAACCAGACCUGCGUCGCGGCCUGCCCGGCGGGAACACACGCGGAGGCAGAAACUGGGCAUUGUGCGGAAAACGUUCUUGCCUGCUCUUGCCCCCACGGGAUACGCAUAGUGCAUGUACUGGGUCUGGAUGAGUGCGAACUCAAUGUUGUGAUGCGUAUUUUCUUAGAUCACGCAGAAAUCUGUCGUGCACUUGCCUUGGACACAAAAUUUGAACAGAAUUUUGCCCCCUUGCUUUUGUGAUGUCACCGAAAGAUGAGGGCAUCUGCUGAUUAUAUGCGGAUUUUUACGCAACACUGCAAAAUGUCCUUUCUCAAGAACUUUUUGAUGCUAGGACUUUCCUGCAAGCGAGACGACCUGGUGGGUCGUGCGAAAACACCAUGACAAUCUGCAUUCACUCAGACGCCAGACAUGUUUUUGGUUGAUAGGGUACUCCGGUGGCGGAUUUGGUCUGUGCCGCGAAUUAUGCAUUGCAGAAGCAUCGCUAUCGUGCUUGUACUAGUGCAAUACAAAUUAAUAGCGGAGCGUGACGAAUGAGAUUUGUCAUGCUGAUGUAGCUUGAAAAAGAGACUUGUCAUGCAUGAUUGCGAUUAGUACGAGUGCGAUGCUUUUGCGAUGCAUACGGAUGAGGUGAAGUGCGAAAAAUGCAAUGCCGGGUUUCACGACGCUGGAAACGGCUGCGUGGCGAAUGAUAUCAAGUGUAAAAAUGUCUGGGUCUGGAAGAUUGCGAGAUUUGUCAUGCGUAUUUCGGAUCACCCAAAUGGCGUCUGAUGCAGGCAAAAGCAUCACAGGUUUUUGGCACGCCUCAUGAUGCCUGUCCCGCAUGAGAAACUUCCUACUUGCGUGCCAAGAAAUGGACAGCUUUUGGCGCUCAUGCAACACAAAUUUUUGCGUGUUCCAGAGUUUGCAUCACAAGUUCCAACCCUUCCAGACCCAGACAUUUUUACAGGUGAUAAACGAGUGCACGUGCGACAGCGGGUAUGCAAAAAAAAAAAACUGUGUAAAUGUAAGUUAUCUGUGAUGGAAAGCAUGCUGAACACAGUAUACAGUUGUCAUGCUAGCCAGGGAUUAUAGAGUCCGAUUUGUUCAUAUGUGUUGCCCUACGUACUGGCUGCGCAUCAUGACAGGAGGUUUUCUCUGUGGUCAUGCAGAACUACAUAUUUGUCAUGCUGUCGCGCCAAGACACCUAACAGUAACACUGACACAGUUUUUUUCUGGGAUAGCGGGGCAGACACCGAGGUCGCAGCGACGGGAGAGGCAUGUCCGACGCACGGAGAGAGCCUGUGCGUGUGCAAAGAGGGGCUUGUAUGCAUUGCAAAUUUGUCUGGGUCUCCUGGAAGAUUGCAACUUGUCAUGCUAUAGCUUUGGACUCUAAAAAAAUUUUUACAGCAUGAAGAGCAGCAGGAGGACUCCAGUUGUUGCUAUGCGUUCGCAGACGGCAUUUCUCUUCAUGCGGGAGAGGCAACAUCAAGAAGCCCGUAAAAAACCUGUGAUGCUAGGGCAUGCAUCACAAACAUCAUGGGUGAUGCAAAAUGUGCAUGACGAGCGUUCCACUCUUCCAGACCCAGACAUAUGUGCAGCUGAUAGCUCGAGCGGCAAAGCGACGGAACUUGUGCGACCACGACACUGUCCGACUGCCCCUGCACGCACGGCACCGGCGUAUCCAAGAAAAAAACGUUGUAGGUGUAACUUUUUUGGAGGAGCAGCAUUACAAAUCUGUCGGGCAUGACAGCAAAAACCUGUCAUGCGCAGAUAGUACGUGAAAACGCCCUUUAAUGGGCCCUAAUAAGCACGACAGACGCAAUCAUCUUGCAUGUUGCGCAUUACAAAUUUACACUAACAACGUUUUUUUCUUGGAUACGGCGCCGCUGGCGACCAGUGUCCGGACAAGGAGGAAAAGUGCACCGAGUGCGACGAGGGCUACAAGCUGGGCGUACCCUAGUGAAAAGUAUCGUACUCGUAUUGCAAUCGUGCAUUACAAAGUCUUUUCGUAAGGUAAAUCCGCAUUACAAAUUUUUAUUUUUCAUGCUGAGGAAACUUGUAAUGCAUUCAUACGAGUACGAUACUAUUUUGCAAUGCAUAGGGCGCCACCAGCGGCAAGUGCGAUGAGUGCGCCGAGGGGUUCGAGGACUCCGCGGGUGAGUGCGUGGCAGCUUCUCUCGCCCCUUUGGCGGAGCCUCCGUAUUGUGAGGAAAAAUCCCCCUACUUCCCCAUAUGGAAAACGCAUCCGUCUCAGAAUUUGUGAUGCAGAUUUGUGACCACAAAUCCUGUCUGUCUUGCAAGAAGGCAAGAAGCCCAGAGUAGAGUCCGCCACAUUAUGCAGGCGGUUUGUGAUGCUGCUCGCCUUACAGCAUAGAAGACAUUGGUUAUGCUAGUUGCCUAAGUCAAAACCUCUCAGCUCAGGCUUGGCGUAUGCCUGCAAUUCUCCACUGCAAGACAAAUCCGAUCUGUGUACGGAACUCCAGCAUCAGAAAUUUCGUUUUGAUAUGGGGAGGGGGCAUUUUUCCUUUUGAUACUCCGAGCGAAAAACUGUGCGGAGAAGGCAGUUGUUUAUGCAUUGCAAAUACUUGUGUCUGGGUCUGGAAGGAUGCAAGUUGUGAUGCUAAUUCUGGAUCGUGCAAAAAUGUGUGUUGCAUGAAUGCCAAAAGCUGUCCACUUUUGACCAAGUAGAGUUAGAGAGGAAGUUUCUCAUGCAGGAUCAUAGGCAUGAUAGGGAUCAUCUCACAGAAUCUGUCAUGCUAGGUCCUGCAUUCCAGACGACAUGGAUCAUGGAAAAUCAGCAUGACAAGCCUCGGAAUUAUCUUGAUAAUCCAGACCCCGACACGACAUUUGCACUGGAUAUUGUUUUCUCGAAGUCAAUGACGACCCAGAGGGGCAGCCGGCAGAACGAGAGGACGCGUUUCUCAUGUUGUAAACAAGUUUUGGAACAACAUACAAAAACAUUUGCCCAUUUCGUGGAGAAGAACGAGGGCAGAGUCAAGUACUAGAAAUUAUGACUCAAGAACAACGGGAGGAAAUGAAUUCUGCACUGUAUCUAUGCAAGAAAAAAACUGUGUAAGUGUAACUCUGUAAUGCAGAAUAUGCAACAGACUUACGCCUGUCAUGCCACACAACCACGAAGCUCUUUUUUCAUGUGUGUUUUCCCUUACAAGCCGCGCAUGACAGGUUUUCUCUGUCAUGUAGAGCAAAUUUGUGAUGCUGUCAGCCAAAGAAAGUUACACUUACACAGUUUUUUUCUUGGAUAGUAUCCGAUACAAUUCGACCUGUAUUCGUUCUUGAAGAAGCUCCUGCUGGCGGCCUAAGGCAUGGCUAAAGGU